UAAUUAUCAUUAUAAUUAUAAUUAUAAUUACAAUUAUAAUCUGUAUCUAUAUAUUUUCACUGUACAAUCAAACCCUAAUUCACACUCAUCAGUACACUAAUCGUGUUUGAUUCAAUCAAAGUCGUACUCAAUUUGACUCGAUUCAAAAUUAGGGUUAGGGUUUCUAAAAAACCCCCAACAAAUUAAUAAUUAAGUGUAAUUUGGGAGUGUAAUUUGCCGAUGGAGGCGGCCGCGAGUGUCGCUGUGGCGGCACGUGGUGUUUCUAUUACUAUGCCGUCCUCUCAAUCUCAGUCUUCUCGGAAAGAAUGGCGUGUUGUUUCCGAUCAUCACUCUGCUAAUGAGGAUAUUGACCGGUCAAAGUUAGGGCAUGGUGAUGAAAGACUGAUAUAUGAGGUGAAUCAGGGAGGAGAGCAAGAGAGUGUGGACUACUUCUCGAUUAAUGUUGACGGAGGUGGGAAUGAUGAAUUGCAUCUUGAUGAUAUUGUGAAGCAAAGAGAACAGCUUCAGCAUUUGGAAGUUGAUUUGAAAGCUAGACUUAUUGCUAGAUCGGAAGUAAUGGCGAUGCAGGAACGGUUUGAUUCUCAGAUGAAAGAGCACAUUACUUCAAGUGUUAAACUUCAGGAGCAAUUACAUGAAAGGGAGAAGGCGAUAAUGGACUUGCAGAGGACUUUGGAAGAUAAAGAUAAGGAGCUACACGCAAUUAGACUAGACCAUGAAGCGGCAUGGGCUAAAGAGGAUCUUUUACGGGAGCAAAACAAAGAACUAGCAUCCUUUCGGAGAGAACGAGAUAAUUCUGAAGCAGAAAGGGCUCAACAUAUUCAAAAGAUACAUGAUUUACAAGAGCAUGUUCAAGAGAAGGAACGGCAGUUUAUAGAACUGCAGGAACAGCAUAGAGUUGCUCAAGAAACUAUCCUAUACAAAGAUGAACAAAUAAGGGAGGCACAAGCUUGGAUUGCUCGAGUUCAAGAGAUGGAUGUCUUGCAAUCAACUACACAUCACUCUUUGCAAGCUGAACUAAGAGAGCGCACAGAACAGUACAACCAGCUUUGGAUUGCUUGCCAAAGACAGUUCUCGGAGAUGGAGAGGCUUCAUCUGCAUGCACUACAACAGCUUGAGACUGAGUUGUCUGAGGCAAGGGAUAAGAAUGGAACUAAUGACAGGUCACAUACUACUCAAACAAAAAUAAAGGAUGUAUCUCAUUUUGUUCAUAGUAAUGGAAGCCAAUUAGAGGUGAGUGGAGGAAACAGCCCUGCUGGUGAUUUAAGGGGUCUUCAAAAUGGGGAUGCUGAAGCGGCUGCUUCACAGACUGACAAUGUUCCUGCUAUUCAAAUGAAUCCCCAAUCAUUGCAUGGAAUGCCUCCCUACUUUCCACCUGGACAACUUACUCCUCUGCAUCCAUUUAUUCUGCAUCACCAAGGGCUACCCCAAAAUGUGAAUUCACAUCUUGUCCAGUCUCAUGGUGGUCAAUUCCAUUCUUUGCCUGCAAAUACAUCUGCCCCACAUUGGCAAAAUCAACAGGCUUUCUCAGACGGUUCACAGAUGCCAAACCAUGAGCAGUAUGCUUCAGAAAAUGAUCAAAAUACAUCAAGACCAGAAACUAAAUACAACUAUGAAGCCUCUGUAAAUGGUCAAGCUUUGCAUUCUGAUUUUUUGGAUAUUAGUCAAGGGAUGGUGUCGCAUUCUGUCAUUCCUUCUUCAACAAAUGAGGGAGAACAGAUUCUUGAGUCAAUUGAUAAUACACAACAGAGUUUGCACCAAAUCUCGUCUCAAUUUCAUGACUCUUUAAGGUUGAAUCAUUCUGACAAUGACAUUGUACAUCUGGAACAGAAUGCAAGUUUUCUGUCCAAUCAUGGAUCCGAAGCUCAAGUGUUAACUACAGACCAACUCGGGUCUGCCGUCAUUACAUCUGAAGUUAUGCGUUCAGUAAAGGCCAGUGAACAGAAUAAGGUGGAUAAUGCCGCACGAGAAAGUACAGCAAAGAAGGCUUUAUUUGAUGAAGAAACUUUAUUGGCUUGUGUUGUUCGCACUAUACCACCUGGUCCCGGAGGAAGAAUACAAAUCAGCUCAACGCUUCUGAGUAGGCUCACAAAAAUGCUGGCACCUCUGCAUUGGUCUGAUUAUGAGAAUAAGCACGGAAAGCUUGAAACUUUUUUGGGCGGUCAUCCUGAAUUGUUUGUGAUCAAGGGGGAUUAUAUUCAGGUGCGAGAGGGUGCACAAGAAAUUAUAGCCGCAAUGGUAGCCCAUGCUAAAGUCCGCGCCGCUGCUGUUGCUGCCUCUGCGACCACUUCUCAUCCAUCACUAUUGUCUUCUGUUGCUGUGACUCCCAUGGCUCAGACCCGGUUGAAAAAAGUCCCAUCGGCUAAUUCAAAUUAUGCAAGUGCGGGCAUGAACAGGUUCAAUGAGUUACAGCACACCAAUGGUGUUCCGAUGAACGCUGUAGGUGUCAGAGUCCUGAGCAAAGAAAAUGAUCAGAUUAAGCUGGCAAAUAGUAAUGGAUCGAAUCUUCUGGGCGCUCAAGGCAGGGUUAUCAACCAGGGGAGGCCUAGUUCAAAUUAUCAUGGAAAACAGCAGGGCAGGUCCACUGGAGGUUUGAUGGGUUCCAGAAAAUAGGAGAGGUUGUGGAUGCUAUUAAAGGAUGUGGAGGCAAUAGGAAUUUUGCUCUUUGGAUCUACAAGCAUGAAAUUGGUAACUGAAAUAGGAGUCGAGGCGGUGUUCAAUUGUAAUCAAGAUGUUUUUAUGCUGUUUAUGCGAUUCCUAAUGGAAUUGAAACUGAAAUUGGAAUCGGAAUUGGGCUUAUAAUUUAAAACUUUCUUUUGUUGUGAAA